AUACUUCCUCAAAAUCCUUUUUGCAGGCAAACUUGAAGGAGAGGCUGUCACCCUCUGCACCUUUCUCUGAAACCCAAAAGUUCCCUCCACCUCUCUCAGCAAUGGCUAUGGUGUGUCUCUCCGACUUCGAAGCUUAUGCUAAGAAGUAUUUACCCAAGAUUGCUUGGGAUUAUUUUGCUGCUGGGGCAGAUGACUGUACCACACGAGAUGAAAACAUCCUGGCAUAUAAAAGGAUUCGUUUCCGGCCACGUAUGCUGCGGGACGUAUCCGUGAUGGACGUUAGGACUAAAAUCCUGGGUUCUGAAAUCAGCUUUCCUGUAGGAAUUGCCCCUACAGGCUUCCACCAGUUAGCAUGGCCUGAUGGAGAGAAAAGCACAGCCAGAGCUGCCAGAGCAAUGAACACCUGCUACAUUGCCAGCACCUACUCCACCUGCACGCUGGAGGAGAUCGCCGCCGCCGCGCCCGGCGGCCUCCGCUGGUUCCAGCUCUACAUCCACCGCAACAGAGCAGCUUCCCAGCAGCUGGUCCAGCGGGCGGAGGCCUUGGGCUUCCAGGGCCUCGUCCUCACCGCGGAUCUGCCCUACACGGGCAAGAGACGCGACGACGUCCGCAAUGGUUUCCGCCUUCCUCCCCACAUGAAAGUGAAGAACUUGGAACGAGCCUUUGAGGGAGAUGACAGGUCUGAGUAUGGACUGCCACCCAACAGCUUGGAUCCUUCGGUCACCUGGAAUGACAUCUACUGGCUGCGGAGCCUGACACGCCUGCCCAUCAUCAUCAAAGGCAUCUUGACAAGAGAAGAUGCAGAGCUGGCAGUGAGAUAUGGAGUUCAGGGAAUUAUUGUGUCAAAUCAUGGUGGAAGGCAACUGGAUGAAGGACCUGCCACUAUUGAUGCUCUGGCUGAGGUUGUGGAGGCAGUACAAGGCAGAGUCGAGGUUUAUGUAGAUGGUGGAAUACGAAAAGGCAGCGAUGUAUUAAAAGCGCUGGCACUGGGAGCAAAAUGCGUCUUUAUUGGAAGACCAGCUUUAUGGGGCCUGGCUUACAAGGGUGAAGAAGGUCUUCAGGAUGUCCUGAGAAUUCUGCAGGAUGAGUUUCGCUUGUCUAUGGCCUUAGCUGGCUGUGCCAGCGUCUCAGAGAUUGGCCAACACCUGGUUCAGUUCUCAAAGCUGUGAUCAGCCUCCUGCCAUGCCCACCAAACAGAGGCAGGUGAAACUAAGAUCCCAACUAGACUGAAGAUGAAAAAGGAGGUGAAAUAAGUAUCUCAUAAGGCCUUCUGGAAACUUCUGAAGAGGUUAGGAAAGGCUCUGUAUUAGCAAAGGCUGCACUGUGCUUUUAUUGAGACCAAUUAAUUCCUUAACAGUUCAGUUAAUUGUUACUUGCCUAAAUACAUUUUCUUUAAGCUGGCUGUUCCACAGCAUUACAUGUGUUGGGUCUUCCUCCAAAGUUCUACUGCACUGGACAGCCAGCAUGUGCCUUGCUUUUCCAGUUGUCCU